GUUGAUGUGUGCACAGAAGAGAGAAGAGAAACUUCCUUCACUCUACAGCUUAUAGCGUGGUACUCUGAAUGUAGUGGGGACGUUGUUUUAGAUGCUGUACACAAUAAUUUAAAAAACGCUGGAGGAGUCAUCAAAAGACAAUGAGCCGUGGAAAAAAUAAAUCGGAGGGUGUCCAAAGCAGUCUGCUGACCCCACAGGAGAAUGACAAACUGGAGGACCUACUGGGCAGAAGGUGUGCUUCCAUGGCCACCGCAGUUGCACAGUUGUACAUGGCUCUGCCUCACAGUUCAAAUGUUUGGAGCCUGCAGCACACAGGAGUGGUCUGCUUAGUAAAAGACAACCCCAUGCGGUCCUACUUCAUACGGAUGUUUGACUUGAAGGCAGGGAGGCAGAUUUGGGAGCAGGAGCUCUACAACCAAUUUGUUUACUCCUCUCCACAAGCGUACUUUCAUACCUUUUCUGCAGAUGACUGUCAAGUUGGACUGAAUUUUGCAGAGCAACAGGAAGCACAAGCCUUCCAAAAUGCUGUCGAGGAGAAAAUCAACCAAAGACACAGAAGUCAGGAUAAGAAACAGCGCCCCCCGCAGCACGCUGAUAGAGGAUCCCUGCCUCCGCCCCCAUCUGACAAAACAUCUGGCAGUCCUGGUUCUUUUCACAUGGCCACUGUGGACAUUCAGAACCCAGAUAUUCAGACUUCACGCUACCGUUCAAUGCCUACACCUGCUCCUGCUUCCUUACCUGUGAGCGGCAAAGGGAAGAAAGACAAGAAGAGCAAGAAAAAGGGCCCCAAACUCUCCAAGGCAGACAUAGGAGCACCCAGCGGAUUUAAGCAUGUUUCUCAUUUUGGCUCUGAUCCCAACAACGUUGACCCUGACCUGAUGAAGCUGCUUUCCCAAGCUGGGAUCCGUGAAGCCGAUCUGAGGGAUGAAGCAACCUCCCAGCUCAUCUACAAUGUCAUCGAGCAGUCUGGGGGCAUGGAGGCAGUCAAAAGGGAAGUGAACAGAGCAGCUUCUGGACCUCCACCCCCUCCACCUGGCAGACAAGGGCCUCUCCCUCCCGUACCAGGCCCCAGUCACUCUGCUCCAACACCUCCACCUCCACGAGGUCGUUCUGGCCCCCUGCCUCCUGUCCCAGGCCAAUCACAGCGAGGAGCCCUGCCCUCCCAGCCACCUCCAUCACGUGGAGGCCUGCCACCUCCACCUCCAACAAGCAGAGGCGGUCCACCACCUCCACCACCAGCACACUCUUCUCACUUCCCUCCACCGCCAUCCUCAAAGCCCCCUCAGUCCUCCCACUCCAUGCCUCCUCCCCCACCGCCUUCUCAUCAAGAGCGCUCUAUGGGUUUCCCACCUCCUCCUGCCCCAGCAGCCAGCAGGGGAGGUGGAGGAGGAGCUCCUCCACCUCCUCCUCCACCCCCUCCACCUCCACCCCCCCAAACUUCUAUUUCUUCAGACUUCCCACCACCACCUCCCCCUGCAUCUGGAGGAGGAGGAGGAGGAGGAGGAGGAGGAGGAGGAGGAGGAGGAGGAGGAGGAGGAGGAGGAGGAGGAGGAGGAGGAGGAGGAGGAGGAGGAGGAGAAGGAGAAAGUAGGGGGGCUCUGCUGGAUCAGAUCCGACUGGGGAAGAAGCUCAGAAAUGUGACAGAAAGUGGUGACGCACCUCCACCUCCGACGACGGAGUCAGGUGAGGGCAUAGUUGGUGCUCUCAUGAUGGUCAUGCAGAAGAGGAGUAAAGUCAUCCAUUCCUCUGAUGAAAGCGAAGAUGACGCCGGAGAUGAAGAUGAAGACGAUGACGAAUGGGAUGACUAAUGUGAAGGUUCUUGUUUGUGGGGAAUUUGAACGUCGUUCAGUGCGAUUUUUUUCUGUAAACCUAGAAUUUCAGCACUGUUACAGUAGAUGUUCUUGUAUUUCCUACAUGAUCAAUUAUUGCAAACUGAGGUAUUGUCUUGCCUUGUCUAUGACAGGAAUUAUGUAACUUUAAAAAAAUAAAAAAAAUAAAUAAA